AUGUCGCAGAGAAAGUCAUUUAGAAAAAACCAGCAAACUGACGAUGAUGAUGAAAAACUGUCGAAUGUUAAUUUUGAAUCUGAUCGUACAAAUAUCCGUCAGGGACCGCGAGAUCAAGGUGCGACUGCUACAACAGAAAUUGAUCCAGAUUUCAAUAACGAUCAACAAAGUAUAUUUAAGCGAGGAAAAAAGGAAAAAGUUCGUGCACCAGCCCAUUUGCGUGCCUCUGUUCGAUGGGAUUAUGAGCCUGAUAUCUGUAAAGAUUACAAAGAAACCGGCUAUUGUGGCUUUGGUGAUUCAUGUAAAUUUUUACACGAUAGUUCCGAUUAUAAACAUGGUUGGCAAUUACAACGUGAAUGGAAUUAG